AUGACGUGCGUGCUUGCGAUAAGUUUGUUUUCAUUUGUUUUAUGCGCUGUUCAUGGCGCCUCAUAUUCUGUCAAUCAGGAUAUUAAGAACGUUAAUGUGGUCAGGAAGGUUGAUCUAACUAGCCAUUUAGUGAAAACAAGCGCACAAGUCACAUUCGUCAAUAAUGGUAAAUCUCCAGUUAACUCUUAUCUUGUUUCCGUGGAACCGAAAUAUAAUUCAAAAUUGGCUUUUAUCGGAGCAUCGAUUUCUAAAUCAAAGGAUGACUUUGAAAAGUUGAGUGUUACUGAAGUUUCAGUAGAAAAACAGAGCAACAGUUAUUAUUUGGUUCACCUGAACAAGAAUGUUGUUGAACCUGGAUUUGAACUGACGAUCAUCAUUGAGACAAUUUUUAUUCAUGCUCUGCUUCCGUACCCAUCCCACAUUACUCAGUCUGAGAAGCAAUUUGUGAAAUACAUGGGAAACCUAUACUUUUUUACUUCUUAUGUAACCACCACUCAAACCACUAUUGUUACUUGUUCUUCAUCCAACAUUGAUUCUUACACUAAAGAAAAACCUUACAACAUCAAUGACAGAGUAUUAAAUUAUGGUCCUUAUGAAAAUAUAGAACCUUAUAGUCAGAUUGCUUUAUCUGUCCAUUUUGAAAAUAACACGCCAUUCCUUACUGUGACUAAAAUGACUCGAGUGAUUGAAGUGUCACAUUGGGGAAACAUUGCAGUAGAAGAGACUUUUGAUAUUAGUCAUACAGGAGCCAUUUUAAAAGGCUCAUUUUCAAGACAUGAUUAUCAAAGAAAUCAAGAUGGAGUAUCUUCUGUUAAAUCAUUCAAAACUUUAUUACCAGCUUCAGCGAGAGAUGUAUACUAUAGAGAUGAAAUUGGAAAUAUAUCAACAAGUAGUUUGAGAGAAAGUGAAGAUGGACUUGAAUUAGAAUUAAAACCCAGAUUCCCUCUUUUUGGUGGAUGGAAGACCCAGCAUUACAUUGGCUACAAUGUUCCUAGCUACCAAUAUCUUUACAACAAGGGAGAUAAGUUUGCAUUGGUCAUGAAAUUGGUGGACCAUAUAUUUGAUGAUCAGGUCGUUGAUGAUUUCACUCUCAAGAUUAUUUUGCCUGAAGGAGUGAAGGACAUAGUGUUACAGACACCAUAUGAAGUGAACAGAGAGUCAGAUGAACUACACGCAACUUACCUGGAUACUACAGGUAGACCUGUCAUAAUUGUUACCAAAGGACAGCUUGUCGAACAGCACAUUCAAGAUUUUCAAUUGCACUACACCUUUUCCAAAUACCUUUUAUUGAGGGAACCUUUGCUUGUCUUUGCUGCAUUCUUCAUAUUGUUCCUCACUGUCAUUGUUUAUGUUAGAUUGGACUUUUCAAUCACAAAAGAUGAAGCCAGUGAAUUAAAACUAAGAAUGGCAAGUUUGGUGAAGCAAACAGUAGAUAGCCAUGAAAGAAGAAGUUCAUUGUACCAGAGUUAUGAAGAUGCAAUCAACAAAUACAAGGCAAGUAAGGAAGCUGGAACAUUCAAGAACAAUCAAAAGAAGAUUGAUGGCGACCACAAACAAUUGACUCAACAGAUUGCCGCUUUCCAACUAAAGCUUAAAGCAGAGGGUUCUGAUGCUGCUGAAAAAGUGCUGGAGCUGCAACGUUUGGAUGUUCAAGUGCGAGAUCAGAUCAGUCUGCUGAUAACCAAUGCAGAGAAACUUAUCAAUGGUCGCCUACAGAAGCAGCAAUACAGCGAAAUUGAUAAGGGAAUCCACGAGAAAAAAGAUGAUCUCUGUCGUAAAAUGGAUGCCAUCAUUGCAUCUCUCUAA